GGUUGAUUCCGUGCGCCGGUUUCUUGUUCCCUCCCGGCUUCCGUCCUUCCCUUUCCUGUCGGUGCUCCGUCGCAAUGGCCAAGAUCAAAGCCCGCGACUUGCGAGGGAAAAAGAAGGAAGAGCUGCUGAAGCAGCUUGAAGACCUGAAGGUGGAGCUGUCUCAGCUGCGCGUCGCCAAAGUGACCGGCGGCGCAGCCUCCAAGCUCUCCAAGAUCCGGGUGGUUCGCAAAUCUAUUGCCAGAGUGCUGACGGUCAUUAACCAGACCCAGAAGGAAAACCUCCGGAAGUUCUACAAAGGCAAAAAGUACAAGCCUCUGGACUUGCGGCCUAAGAAGACACGUGCCAUGCGGCGUAGGCUAACCAAACAUGAAGAGGGUCUGAAGACUAAAAAACAGCAGCGGAAAGAGCGCUUAUACCCCCCUCGGAAAUAUGCUGUAAAGGCAUGAGCCUCAGAUCUGUAACUGCUCAAAAAUAGAUUUUUUUCCAUUAAAGGUGUUGAUCUUUGGAAA